GCGAAUUACAACAGAAUCGCAAAAAUAAUUGCGUGUAUAAAUACGCAGCCUCAUUGGUAGGUAAUAUCAUUCAGUCCUGUGUUCAAAUCGAAACAACAUAUCCAAAAUGAAAGCUGUCUUUGCACUGGUUCUUUUGGCCCUUUUCGCCAUCGUUGCUGCUGAUGUAUCUGAAUUGAGUGGUCCAUCAAACGAAUAUUUGCCUCCCUUCAAAAAUGAACAGGACUUUGGGCGCAUCGCAGCUGGAUUUGGACCACCAACUCAAUCUGGAGAACCAGCACCAGCUCAUAGUUUCGGCCCUGAUGGUUACAGAUACAAAAACCCAACUGCUCGCAGAUUUUAGAUACUUUGAUGUGAUAGUACUGAUAAAAUGUUUAAUUGAAAAUAAAUCUGAUAUGCUGGGAUAAGAAAUGCCUGUUA